UUUCCUGUCUCCACCGCUAGCUGCGUGGUUUAGCUGAGUUAGCUAACCGGAGCACACACUCUCCUUUUCACGCCAUCUAAUAGCUCGGACUCAUUGUGGCACAAUGUCAUACCAAGAAGAAGGAGAGGAAGCCACUAAAUACGAUCCUUACGCCUACCCAAAUGACUACGACCUGCACACCGGCGACCCCAAAGCAGACCUGGCCUAUGAGAGGCAGUACGAGCAGCAGACUUACCAUGUUAUCCCAGAGGUGAUCAAGAACUUCCUUCAGUAUUUCCACAAAACCAUCUCUGACUUGAUCGACCAGAAGGUUUAUGAGCUGCAGGCCAACCGUGUGUCGAGCGAGAGCAUUGAGCAGAAGAUCUAUGAGAUCCAAGACGUCUAUGAGAACAGUUGGAACAAGUUGACAGACCGUUUCUUCAAGAACUCUCCGUGGCCAGAGGCGGAGGCCAUCGCAUCACUCGUCGGUAACGAUGCUGUGUUCCUCAUCCUCUAUAAGGAACUGUACUACAGACACAUCUACGCUAAAGUCAGCGGUGGACCAACUUUGGAUCAGAGGUUUGAGUCGUACUACAAUUACUGCAACCUCUUCAACUACAUCCUCAAUGCUGAUGGGCCCGCCCCCUUGGAGCUGCCAAACCAAUGGCUCUGGGACAUUAUUGAUGAGUUCAUUUACCAGUUCCAGUCCUUCAGUCAGUACCGCUGUAAGACGGCCAAGAAGUCUGAGGAGGAGAUUGAAUUCCUGAGGAACAACCCAAAGAUCUGGAACGUCCACAGCGUCCUCAACGUUCUCCACUCCCUGGUGGACAAGAGUAACAUUAACCGCCAGCUGGAGGUUUACACCAGCGGAGGUAUGACAGAAUGUUCUGGAGGAGACCCAGAGAGUGUAGCCGGGGAAUAUGGACGCCACUCCCUCUACAAGAUGUUGGGUUACUUCAGCUUGGUAGGGCUGCUCAGACUACACUCUCUGCUUGGUGAUUAUUACCAGGCCAUCAAAGUCCUGGAGAACAUUGAGCUCAACAAGAAGAGUAUGUACUCCCGUGUGCCAGAGUGUCAGAUCACCACCUAUUACUAUGUGGGCUUUGCCUACUUGAUGAUGAGGCGUUACCAGGAUGCCAUUCGAGUCUUUGCCAACAUCCUGCUCUACAUCCAGAGGACAAGAAACAUGUUCCAGAGGUCGACAUAUAAAUAUGAGAUGAUUAACAAACAGAAUGAGCAGAUGCAUGGCCUGCUGGCCAUUGCCCUCACCAUGUACCCAAUGCGCAUCGAUGAGAGCAUCCACACCCAGCUGAGGGAGAAGUACGGAGACAAGAUGCUGCGUAUGCAGAAAGGAGACCCGCAGGUGUUUGAAGAGUUGUUCAGCUUUGCUUGUCCUAAGUUUUUGUCACCUGUGGUGCCAAACUAUGACAAUGUCCACCCCAACUACCACAAAGAGCCCUUCCAGCAGCAGCUGAAGGUCUUUGCUGAGGAAGUGCAACAGCAGGCCCAGUUGUCCACCAUCCGCAGUUUCCUUAAGCUGUACACCACCAUGCCAGUAGCCAAGCUGGCAGGAUUUCUGGACAUGACUGAGCAGGAGUUCCGUAUCCAGCUGCUGGUCUUCAAACACAAGAUGAAGAACCUGGUGUGGAUCAGUGGCAUCUCAGCUCUGGAAGGAGAGUUCCAGUCUGCUUCUGAGGUCGACUUUUACAUUGACAAGGACAUGAUCCACAUUGCUGACACUAAAGUGGCUCGUCGUUACGGAGACUUUUUCAUCAGACAGAUCCACAAGUUUGAGGAGCUGAACAGGACAUUGAAGAAGAUGCCAGCAAGCACCACCACUGCAACAACAACCGUGACUGCCACAAGCCGAGCAGUUUAACCAGCAACAGUGAAGAGACCUCGGGGACUGGAUCCUUUUCCAGUCUCUUAAAAGUUUUAUGAAAACUAUUGAUAACUUUUCUAUGUAACCUGGUAACAAUAAAAGGAUAGAGUGGUGUGCUAAAAAA